AUGGAUGUGACUAGUGCUGUGAGUUCCAAAAGGACAGGCCCCAUACAUGAGCACACACAUCCCCCACCCAACCCCAUCUACAGUGCAGGUUUCAGAGAAUGCAUCUCCCGCCUGGGCAACUACAUUGACAGCGUGGAUCCCUCCCAGAGAGAGAGCUUUGUCCAGGAACUGAGGGACCACCUGGAGGCCCACAGUGCCUGCCCUCUGGGGAGUGUGCAUAGCCAGACCUUUCCCCUGGACCUCCAGCCCUGGGGCUCUGGAGCAGAAGGACAAUGCUUACUGGGCAGAGUUCAGAACAGGAAGAAAAGUACAGUGAUGGGUCAUCAACGAGCCAGCAGGGAGGCCACCUUCCCCUACAUCAACACCUCUCUUCCCAUCUAUCCCAACACCUUUGUACUCCACCACCCCCACCCUACCCAACACCUCUCACACCCAUACCCAUCUCCUCCUUACUCCCUCUCCCCCCCACCCUCCCCUUCUUACUCCAGCUCCUCGACACCUAUCACCAUUACCUCUCCAUACCUCUCCAUGCCCUGCCACUUCCCCUUCUCUCCUUCUCCCUCUGAACAUCGAUCAGAUUCCUUGUCAUCCUCUUCUCACUCUACAUCUCUGCUUGUUGCGCCUCUGGUACCAGACAAUCCUCCCCUGGGUUCCAGUAUCCCCAACCCUCUACGUCCCUCUGGCCCUGUGCCCUCUGGCCCAACAAGGCUUCUGAGGCGGUCACUGUUUCAGAUCCAGCCCCAGGCAAUAUGGAGGCCCUGGCCCUGA